AUGUCACUAAAUGAUUCAAUAGCAAUGCAACAAACAACUUCCUCAAAGAGUUCGAUGACGUCAACAGAAACACAACAAGAUGAUUUUGAUAAUUGGGAUGGAUAUACAAGUAGUUCAUCUUCUAUAGGAGGAUCAGUACCUACUACACCAAAUCUACUUGGAACAGAUUCUGGUAAUAAUGUUCCAUUCAUUGAUUUAUCUAAAUUAUUAUUUGUAAAUGAUUUUGAUUUUGGAUUUAAUAAUGAUAAUAAUUUAAAGAAGAGAUUUGAUGGUAUUAAAUUAAAGACAAAAGCAAAGUUAAUUAAAUAUCAAAAUUCUAAAGAAUUACAAGAUUUAUUUAAUGAAAAAUUAAGUAAAUUUGAUAAAAGACUUCAUCAAAAUUUACAAAGUAGUUCAACUGAAAAGUUAUUUUAUGCUAUAUCAUUAUUUAUAAUUGCAAGUGCUGGGUUUAUAAUUGGUAAAUAUCCAAAAUAUUUCCCUCAUUUUCAUACUUUAAUAUUCGUGGUUUUAAUGCCAAUUAGAUUUUAUAGUUAUUUUAAAAUCUCAUUUCAAUAUUAUUUGGCAGAUUUAUGUUAUUAUGUUAAUUUAUUAUUAAUGUUAUUUAUAUGGGUGUUUCCACAAUCUCCAAGAUUAUUUGUUUCAGUCUUUUCAUUGUCAUUGGGGACAUUAUCAUUUGCAGUUAUAACUUGGAGAAAUUCAUUAGUAUUGCAUUCAAUUGAUAAAACAACUUCAUCAUUUAUUCAUAUUAUGCCUCCAGUAACAAUGUUUGUCAUGGUACAUGAAUUACCAGCUGAUUAUGUAUUAGAAAGAUACCCCGGGAUUGCAGCAAUUGAUAAUUGGAAUUUGUUAUCCUCAAUAAUUUAUACUUCAAUUUAUUAUACCAUUUGGCAAGUAUCAUAUCAUUAUUUCAUAUCAAUUAGAAAACAUGAACAAAUUAAACGAGGUAAAGUUACUUCAUUCCAAUAUUUACGUAAUAAGAAUAAAUCAACUACUUUAGGGAAAUUUGUUAAUUCAUUACCAUAUUUUUGGAUGCAAACUUUAGCAUUUACAUUAAUUCAAUUUAUGUAUCAAUUAUUAACAAUGGCGUUUUGUCCUAUAUGGUUUAAAUAUAAACAUGCUUGUGGAUGUUUUGUAACAUUUAUAUUUAUUUGGGCAAGUUAUAAUGGUGCAACUUAUUAUGUUGAUAUCUUUGGUAAAAGAUUGGAGAAAGAAGUUGAUAAAUUAAAAAAUGAAAUUAUAAGUUUACAACAAGAGAAUUCAAAGUUACAGACAACAACAACAACUACUACUGGGAAACCAAAUGAUAUUCAUAGUGUUUUAAAUGAACCAGUUGAUAUUUCAACAUUACUGAAUUAA